AUGGCCCUGGCCUCUAAUAACAAGCCCCAGCUGCUGCACCUCAUCAACAUUUUUGUCACAGUGGCAUUGUUAUUAGUCACCAGCACUAAUGGUGCAGGUACUGGGAAUGGGAGUGGCAUCCAGCUGAUCUUGGUGAACAACUGCACGGAAUCCAUCUGGCCUGGCCUGCUGGGCACUACCGGCCACCCGACGCCGCAGUCGGGCGGCUUCCACCUGGCCCCUGGCGACGAGGCCGCCUUCGACGUGCCGCUGGGGUGGUCCGGCCGCGUGUGGCCGCGCCGCGGCUGCUCCUUCGACGACCGCGCGCGGGGGCUGUGCGCCACGGGGGACUGCGGCGGCGUGCUCCGCUGCGACGGCCGCCCCGGCGCCACCCCGGCCACGGUGGUGGAGAUGACGCUGGGCACCCCAAAGUCCCCGCUCCACUUCUACGACGUGUCGCUGGUGGACGGCUUCAACGCGCCGGUGUCGAUGGCCCCCGUGGGCGGCGGCGCCGGCUGCGGCGUGGCCGGGUGCCAGGCGGACCUCAACGUCUGCUGCCCGUCCGCGCUGGAGGUCAGGGACCGGGAGGGCAGGGUGGCCGGCUGCCGGAGCGCCUGCAGGGCCAUGGGAGGGGACAGGUACUGCUGCACGGGGGACUACGCGUCGCCGGACAAGUGCCGCCCCACCAUCUUCGCCCACGUCUUCAAGGCCGUCUGCCCCAAGGCCUACAGCUACGCGUACGACGACGCCACCUCCCUCAACCGCUGCAAGGCCAGCCGCUACCUCAUCACCUUCUGCCCACCACCAACAUCAAGGAAAUCUGUCAGAAUAUAA